AUGUUGCCAGCGGUGCUUCUCAGUGCUCUGGCGCCCGAGGCUCUGACGGUGGGCUCUUUGCUGGGGUUAAAGAGUGUCUUUACCGAUUACAGCCUCUUUGUCUUUGCUGACUUGUCAGCCGCUCUUGCCAACAAUCUGCUGGAGGUCAACUUCGCUAGUCAAUCACGCUAUCUGUGCAGCAAGUAUGGCGAAGGAAUUGCUGAGGAGGGACCCCAAGGAAUUCAAAAACGCCCAGUCUUUUUUGUUGCAAGUCGCUACGGACGAUCCGGAAGCACUGCAUAUGAUGAAAGUUUAAAAUCCAAACGCAUUUUCAUCGUACCUCGAAACGAGCGUUUCAUUCUUGGCUCUCGGUACGGUAAACGAAGCGGGAAAUAUUUAUGCCUUUCGAGAGAAAUAAAUAUGAUGAUAGUCAGAAAAAGAUUUUGAAACAAUGUGAAAGAACGAACUCCAAAUUUAAGAUUUAUAUUCAAACUCCAAAGCGAAAUACUUAACUAG